UAUGCAUUCAAAAGGAAAAUGAAACGAAAGUGAUCGCAGAUCAGAUUGCUUAGGUUUUCUUCAUAUUUAUAGCAGUUGGAGAUUUACAGAGAGGGUUGUGCAACAGGUGUAGGCCUGUCAUCCACUUCUUCAAGUAAAGUUGAUAUUAUUGUCAAUAUCAGCACUGGUUUUCCUUACACAUCAAAUGAUAACAAACGUGUUUUUUUUAAUUAAAUGAAUUAUUAGUAAAGUGAUAUGUGCGCUUAAAAAACAACUUUAUGAAAACUGAAUAGUUUUUCCUCAGUACUGAUGUUUAUGAAUUUAUGAAUUAGCAUCAAAACAUGUAUUACUUCCUUUUUUACACGCAAGCAAAAUUACAAAUAGUUUGAUCAUCAUCAGCAGGUCAGGAGCUCCAUAUUACUGACAAACUGAAGUCUGAAUUGUGAUACAGAUUGUGAUUCGGUUGAGCCGCUCUGAUGGGUCUCAAAGAUCUAUACAGAGAGAAGCCGCACAAUUAGCGCAGAGUGAAUAAACACCCGUGAAGAAGAGACGCUGUAGAGGCGCUGACUCGUCAUCCUCCGCUCCGCUGAGUGGGGAUCGGGAUCUGAUACACGGACCCAGGUGUGACGGGCCUUCGCUCCGCAGAUGUGAUCCUGGGGGCCACGCAUGGCUCAGACUGGACCAGUCAUGUCGUGUUAUUAUGCCACUCAAUGCUAAUUUUUACAUAAGUAUUAGUCGUUAAGCGUGAAAGCCCCUUGCAGAGUUUAAAUAGCGUUUUAAUGUGUUCAGUGUGUGAGCGGCAUUGGGAUGCAGCUGGAGUGCAAUGCUGUGAUUUGAACAGGAACACUGAGCAGCAGCGGGUUAAUACAAAACGUAUCCGAGGCUCGUGAGCUCUUUGACACAGUGCAGUAAAAAGGACAAUAUUCUACUGUAAAAUGUAGCCAUGUAUUAAGUAACAUCAAAUGGAAAUAGAAAAGUGCAAGUUCAUUUUUUAGUAAAUUUGCUUUAUAUGCAUUUGUGUUUUUGAACAUGACAGCGAAACUUCUUAUUAUUUCAGAAAGUGAAUGUCUGUAGUGGUAACAGCAGUAAGAACGUUUCAACCUGUUCCUGUAGAAAUCAACUUUUUUCAAAACUUUUCCAGCGAUCUACUUCUGUUUCUAGAAUAAAAUAAAAAUGAUAAACUUAUUUUAGAAAAAGAAAACUUUUUCUUUUUACUGUGGCAGGCAGCCUCUAACUCCCAGCUGUCAUAUUUCAAGAGAGCCUGUGACUGUGUUCUUAUCAACGUCGUGGUACAAAUAGAGAUCCUUUAGUGAACUUACUGCAUAAAGUGAAGUGAUGUAUUGACCACCAAAUGACUGGAAUCAGCUCUUAAAACGCCCACUCUGUGUAUGUUUUCAAUGAGCACAUUAACUUCACCACGUCACAAAAUAAUAAUAAUUCAAAAAUCGGAGCACUCGGCCUGCUUGUAAUUACAAUUCUGUAAGGGAAGAAAAGCUCACAUCCAUUGAUCAUUUGCGGAAGGAGAUGUGUGUACUACACCCAGCCUGAUCGCGUUUACAUGGAGGUGUGAAGCAGCGUCUCAGUCUCCACAACGGGGCCAUCUGAGGUGCUGUAUCUCACAGUCUGGACCCGAGCAGAGGGCCACAUGGCUGUUAGAAUCUGGAGGCCCCUGGUAUGCAGACAUCAAAGGGUUAAAGGUGAGGAGGCGCUUAGCAGCACAGCACUUAUCUCCUCUAAUGACCCCCUAAGUAUAAGUCAAUUACUUCUGCGUCAUGAUCAGAAAGGAACAGACCACAGGGGGCUGUUUGAGCUCCACUGCUCCUCAUUACAACCACUUCACUGCAGUUUACUGGAUGAGCGGCCCGGCCUCAGGUCUGAGGUCAAGGCUUCUCUAAUUUAUUUACUGCAUUUAUUAAAAUCUGUGUAGAGAGCUGCACAGUGUAAACUCUACUCUCUCUGUCCGUUAUAGCACCUCAAAGCAAUAAAACACUCACCUGGCUCAUUUGGUUAUGAAUGUUUGUUGAAGCAGCGCGCUCCUCUACGACACAGCUGGUGAUGAAAUAAGAAAGUUAUUGUCUUAUGGUUGCUAAUGAGUUUUUACAAUUCCAUGCAUUCUUCUGAAACUAAAAAAAACCUCCUUAAAUCCUGAUGAUGUUGACAGAUACCAGGUUACAUCAUACACUGCCUCCCACUAUUUCUGCUCUGAUUGCUGUCUGUUUGUAAAAUUAAAUAUUUAUCAUCACCAACAUUUUUAUUACGAUUUAUAUUAGUUAUUAUUCUCAAUAUCAUUUGAAUUACUCAUCUUUAUCAAUAUGAAAAGAGUUCUCCCCUGAAGGUUCCCUGAAUAGUUCAAAUUAAUAAUAAAAAGCCUUCCAUAAUAUCACUUGUCUCUUAAGCUCAGGUCAACAUGUUAUCAGCCUUCAGAACUCUGAGAUCUGAAAUAAUUAUGGCUUUGUUCUGAUGAAUCCACUGGUGUGUCCACCAGAGAUGAAGAGUUUCAUUAUUCAAUUUCUCUGGAGAUUAAAUCCUAAACCUGACACUUAUAGCCGAUUCCAGCAAUUAUGGAACUUGUGACGAGUGAUUUGAAAAAGGUGUUUAUUCAGGUUCUGAUUACAGAUGUUCGUAAAUAUGUCCUGUCCUAAAGUAGAAACAGCAACACCAUUCAAGAUUAAAGUAAAGUACAUACAUUUACACUUGAAAAUAUACUUCAGUAAAGUCACUUCAAAGUGAAAGUACUCAUUUUUUAAAAAUGACCCUGUCACAGUAUGAUUAAGAAAUAUUUCUGGGUCACAUAUACCCUGGGUUUUACUACAACUACCACAGUACCACGUCUUUUUUGACUCUAUCAUACAGUAUAAUAAUAAUAAUAAUAACUUUAUUUAUAUAGACCUUUUCAAAAACAGGUCACAAAGUGCUUUACAAAGACAUAGAAAGUAAGACAAAUUAAAAGAUAGUGAUACAUAUAAAUAGUUAUUAUAUAUUAUAAUGAGAAGCAAGAGGUGAAUUAGUAAAACACAGGCACAACAAGAGGAGUUAAAGCAGAAGAAGAACCAAUUAGGAGAAAUCACUUCAGAAGAAUGUCUUUAAAGAGAGAUGUGCCGGAUCUUCUCCUGCAGGUGUUUCUCGUGUUGUUUUAAUCUUCUAUCAGUCUUCAUCUGAAAAAUAACUAUAGUAGUGACCAGUGGUGGAAGAAGUAAAAGUAUUUCAAAUACCAGAGUAAAAAAAGUACUUAAAGUUAAAGUACCUGUUGUGCAGCAGAAGGCUACCUGAAGUGGUAUGUUAUCAAAUAUCAUAUUAUCACUAUAAUUAGAACUGAAAGGUGGUGACGAAUGUAAUUACCUCAUACUCUGUUGUGUAGUUUAUUAUAUAGUUUAAUAUGCGAAUAAGUCAUAGUGGUGUAGUAUAUGUUUUGGUAGCUGUCAUAUACAUUUAAAGGAGUAAAAAGUGCCCUCUAGAAUCUAUAGAGUAGUUUAAAACAAAAAUAACAAGUAAUCCAAAACUGUACAAAGUACAAGUAUCACGUAUUUUUCUCUGAAAUUAAACUCAAACCUCAAAUUUGCACUGAAAUGCAGCAUCUGAGUAAACGUAGCUGGUGUGGAUGAACAGGUGUGCUGCAUGAGGAUGUGGGAGGAGUAACCUGUGGAGGUGUGUGUCUGCCUCAAACAAAGAUACUUUGUCGAUUGUUAUUCCUGCUAAUCAGCUCACGGCUAUUUCUCUGUCUGAACGCUGUCAUUCUGUGGCUCAGCACGAACAGCCCCGGGCAUGUUUCUGGGUACAGGAAACGUGUGUUUGUGUGUGUGUGUGUGUGUGUGUGUGGGUUAAUGCUGCCAAUCGUGUUGACUUUCACAGACACAUGCCACUAAAACCCCGCCAUUGUUUGAUACCUAAAGCCAAGUUCACGUUACACGUUCAGCGAAACAACUUGCUGUCUUGGGAUCAGUCUGUUAGUGGUCGUGGUCUUCACACGACCGAUCAGUGACAGAGAGUCCCACACUGCCAGAUCCUUCAUCCGAGAUCCCAGACGAGGGAAAACACGCGAGAAGUGACACGGGCGUAGUCAUGCUUCCUGAUGAUGUCAGCACACGCGCGUUCACGUAACAGCCUGUUUGCCCUACGUAGAUCAGUCUCUGUGUUAUGUGCUAUGUUUAUUCAUGCAAACAUCCAACACCCUCAGCACAACAACAACAACAGCAACUUAAGCCCGUAUUGCAAAAGCAACACAUAGCUCGGACAGGCAGGCUACAGGUUUUCCACUCUCUUCAGCUGUAGCUCCCUGGCAGAUCCAGAUAUUUAGCCCGCUAGUUAUCUGGAAUGCGUCUGCGACUUCAAACCGUUCACACAAAGCGCUGGAGCCAGUUAGUGCUGUUAGAACCAACUUUAAAGGACCAUACAGAUCAUUAUUUUCUUUAGAUUUUUGUUCAAUGCACUCCGUUAUACCAAAUAAAUACAUAUAUAGAACUGCAGUGUUUGGUAUAGAAUAGCGAGAAUAGAAUUAGUGAGGCAUUAUUGAGCAUUUUCAUUAUUUUAAUAGGUGUCUUUCACCUUUAUGGAGUAAAUAGUGGAUGAGGCCUCUAAAUUUCAUGCAGGGACUUGGAGAGGUGUGCUUGCAGAUGGCUCAGCUUUUAAGAGUUUUGUAUAGUGUGGAUCCAACAGCAUGGGCCUUUCACAUGCACAGCCUCAUUAAGCUGAUAAUGAGGCCUUAUCUGCGAGCUGGACUUGAUGUUUAUUGGCUCCUGACAGAAGUGUGUGUGUGUGUUGUUGAAAGGGGUUUGGGGAAGCACUAGGGUUCUUGGUGGGUAAGGUGGGAAGUGGGUACAAACUUAAAAGUAUUUGACCUUUGUAUGAAUUCAAUAACGGCAUUAAGCAUUCAAACCAAAUGCCACCUCUCAACCUUCCAACAGAGAUCCUGUUAAACAAACAUGAGCUACCUACUGUACCCAACAUUCUGUGGUGGCUGCUCGCUACUCAUUUAAAAAUCAAAAUAUAUGAAGGCCAUCAGUGAUUAAGUGAUGAUGUGGAAAAGGAAUAUACAGUGCUACAGUUUGCAGAAAAAUACAAUGACAACAUUUUAUUCUGGCGCUAAAUUCCUGCCUAAUUCCUCUCACACUUCACUGGUUUCUUGUGUAAAUGUAGUAGCAGUUACACUACGUGUGUGUGUGGGGGGGGGGGGCUUGCAGUAGUAACUAGUGAUCGGACCUCCUGGUCAUCUUAAUUGCUCUCUUCAUUGAAUUGACCAAAGAAAGUAUUAGAAUAAUUAAAUGUGACUUGGCUCAAAAUUUGCAUAAUUUCAUCUGCCAAUGUUUUCUGUCUCUACCAGAAGACCUGUUGGAUUCCACGUAGCAGCCAUGGGCAGCAAGACUCUGCCAGCACCAGUCCCUCUCCACCCGUCCCUCCAGCUGGCUAACUACGCCCUCCUCCAGAGCUCUACAGGCCUCCAGUUGCCAGCAGAUCAUUUUCACAGUAUCUACAGCUUCAGUGCCCUGCACGCCAUCCACCUCCACCAGUGGACCCUCGGCUACCCACCUUUGGCCCUGCCCCGCUGCACCAUCUCCAAGCUGCCUGCCCAGUUCUCCUCCAUGGCCUCCCUCCCCAUGUUCCCUCACCUCCUGCAGUAUAAGCAUGACUCAGCAGGACUGCUGCAGAGCUCCAAGAACAAGCCCCGCUUUGACUUUGCCAACCUGGCAGCUGCAGCCACCCAGGAGGAUCAUUUGAAGGCCGAAGACCUGAGCGUGACGGGUGCCGCCGCCGCAGCAGCACAGGCUUCAUCUCACCACCAGACUUCAGCCAGCCUUGGAUGCCUGCUGGAUGUUACCAAACUCUCCUCACCAGAGCGCAAGUCCAGCAGAGGCCGACUGCCCUCCAAGACCAAGAAAGAGUUUGUCUGCAAGUUCUGUGGCCGCCAUUUCACCAAAUCCUACAACCUUUUGAUCCACGAGAGGACGCACACGGACGAGAGGCCAUAUACCUGUGAUAUCUGCCACAAGGCCUUUAGAAGACAGGACCAUCUCCGGGACCACAGGUACAUUCAUUCCAAAGAAAAGCCCUUCAAAUGUCAGGAGUGUGGGAAGGGCUUCUGUCAGUCCAGGACUCUGGCUGUCCACAAAACAUUACACAUGCAGGUCAAGGAACUGAAGCCAGCCAAGAUCAAGUGAUUCACUCUGCCAGCAGGGAAGGGACGGGGACACUGGAAAAACACGACCAAAGACCACAACAGUCAAAGAACAACCAAAGACUUAUUCAUCUCAGCUGUUGGAGGUAGAGUGCUCUGCUUCUGUGGGAAUACUCCUCAACGAUGAACUAUUUCACCAGCCAGCUCUUAAAGGAAUAAUGCAGAGAUACUGUAAGCCUUAGUGGAGAAGUGGAUGCUUAGUUAUCAAAGCUUGACUUGGCAAUGGAUGUGUGGAAUGUGAAAUGAAAAAAACACUUGUGGCUGCUCAGUGAAAUACUUUGCUCAGAAGCUUAUAAUCCAAAAACUUUUUAAAAAGGGACACAACUGUUAUGCAAUUAUUAUUUUUUUACAACAUAGAAUGAUCAAAGCCAUGUUAAUACAUUUUCCUCCUUUUCAAUAUCGCACCCCAAUGUUAUUUUUGUACAGAUGCAUUAUAUCAAAAAUGUAUUUUUGCACUUUAACCUGAUUAUUGAUUAUUUACAUAUAUCACUGGAUUUCUUAAACUUAUUUUCAAAACAAAUAAUCAUUUCUAAAUAAAAUAUUUUACUGUAAGUGGUUGGCUGUUUGUCUCAGUUUGUCUGAGUGAAAGGUAGGGUGGUCAUUAGACUACAUGUAAAUCAGUGUACUGCCCACUGUUUUCACAGUCCAGUCACAUGACAGUUCAUGACAUAGUCACAGGAAGUCAUUUAUUAGUUUUGCAUUUCGUCCAUUGUUUCAUGAAGGCAAUGGAAAGUCCAUUUGGAUCCCUUUUCAUGGCGGACAGGAAUGAAACAGACACCGCGGUGGUUUCGUCGCCUAACCCUAAAUUUCGUUUUGUUGCUGAAUGUCGUCGCUACUGACAAAACAAGAAGUCGUGCCAAGUGACAAAAAUAAUUAACGAUUCAUGUCCCUGUAAACGAAACCAAUAGAUUGCAUUUGGAGAAUAUUUCAUGAACUGCAGUGAGACUGUGUUGGUGAUCAUGAUCGUGAUGAUGAGGAUGAUCACAAGGGUUGGCGGUUUGAUGCCCACCUCCUCCUGCCCAAGUGUUGAAGUUUAUCAAAAUGUGUUUUGAUAAAUAUUUUUCUACACUUUUUAACUUUAGAUUAAAUUGAAAUAAUUUAAAGGAACACGAGGAACAAAUACAGAAGCCAUAUAUGAACUAAUAUUACUAGACGACGAGGUGCUUAUUGUAGCUUGUUUUUUUAUAUUUAAGUACAUUCAUUUAUCAUGCUUCAGGCCCUGUGAGGCUGUAUUUGAGCUAAAUGCUCACAUUAGCAUGCUAACAUGCUUACGAUGAUAAUGCUAGCAUAUUGAUGUUUAGCAGGUGUAAUGUUUACCAUGUUCACUGUGUUGGUUGCAAAUUGUUGCUAAUUAGCACCAAUUACAGCUGAGGCUAAUGGAAAUGCCCUUAGUUUUGCAGGAAUUUGGUCAUAAACCAAAGUAUUGAAAAGUCCGGAUGACCAGAUGAAAGGUCAAAGUUCACAAUAUCACAGCAAAUAUUGAACUGAUUGAAUAUUUGAGUCUGACACACCAUCACUGCCAUAGCACCAUGCCACUACAUUUAACUCAUGGAAUACGAGCUACAUGUGAAACCGGACACUGGAAGUCUGAAGUUUAAGAAAGACUUAUUUUCUUCAUUGAUAUACUUAUAAUCGAUGGGUCUGAAAUUACAGCCAUUUUUGCUACCAUGCACACACUUACUUUCUACCAUUUCAUGUCAGUGUUUAUAUUUGAUAGAUGUUAAAAUG